AUGAACGCCUCUAUCGUCUUCGCAGCCGUCGCUGGCGUCUUCGCCGCGUCGUUCUCUAGCGCUGAUGCUUUCCUUUUGAAUGGCACUGAGGUCAUGGAGGAUGGUCCCACCAGCAUCCUCUUCGCCGGUGAUGCCUUCAUGAGCAUUGGCGCUCGCGUCAGCAACGAGAUUCUCGAGCAGUUCAACACGGCCAGGGACGACAAGACGAAGCCUGUGCACGAGCUCUUCGAGGCUAUUGAGACCAAGUCCGACAUCCUGUACGAGCGCCCCGGUGACCUCUCCGCCACCGCCGCACUUGUGUACUCUAAGCUCGGUGGCCAGGUCGGUUUCAUCGGCAUCGUUGGUGACGACGAUAUGGGCGACAAGUUCAACGACUACAUGGGCGACAACGAUGUGGAGGUGCGCACCAUCCGCAGGGGCGGCAAUUACACCAGCCGGCUUUACUCCCUGGUCGAUGAGAACGGCAGCUACAACGUGUUCAAGGCCGUGGGAGCCUGCGACACCGUCUCUGCCGCUGACGUUGACCCCUUCUUGAUGGACUACUACGACUUCUUCGCCGUCACCACCGACAUGCUCCGCACCGCUGGCCGCACUGGCUUCACUGCCAAGAUGGUCGACGCCGCCAUCAACCGUGGCCAGAAGAUCAUCACCAUCCUGACGGACGUCGUGUUCGGUGACUACGACUCUGAGAUGCUGAAGGUGAUUUUGCACAACUCUGAGUACGUCGUCGGCAGCAUGGAACAGUUCAUUGCCAUCUACAAGGUCUCCAGCAGGGACGAGGUGGCUGACAUCCUCCACGAGAAGACCUCUGGCGACGAGCCUGACCACGAGGUUAUGCUCGUGACCUUGGGCGCUGAAGGUUUCGCGCUCUUCUACGACAGCGAGUACAUCUACGUGCCCGCGCCCGAGGUGGCUGUCCAGAGGGCCGACGCCGACGACUACUUCAUUGGCGCCAUGCUGUACGGUAUGCUCAACGGCCGCAAGUUGGCUGAGACCAUCCAGUACGCCCGCGCUGUUGUGACGGACGUCUGCUCCGACAUUAGCGCGCCCCUGAGCGACAACUUCUACAACCUCAUCACCGACAUCCCCAGGAUCUGA